CCUCCUCCCCCCUCCCUCCCCCUCCUCCUCGCCUGCCGCGCUGCUUGCCACCCCUUGAUGGGACCGCCCGCCAGCGCUGGCCUGUCUUUCCUCCUCCCGCAAUUGCACCAUGUCCACCAGUGCGGCCCUCCCCACCGUCGUGCCCCCAUCGCCGAUUCACGGCGGCGCCUGGGCCGAUGAGAGCCAAUACUCCUACUACCAGCAACAGGCAUCGGCCCCGGCACGCUCGGGCCACAGCUACUCUCACCCGACGCAGCAGCCGCCAUACCAGGCCUCCAUGCACCCUGGGCACUAUGCGCCGGAGUACCCGGCCAUGUCGGAGCCGGACAUGGCGUCAGUGCCCUCGGUGCCGCAGUUGCUGCCCUCGGUGCCGGCCUCGCCGGUCCCCGGCGCCGGUGCCUACGCCAUCGGCACCCCCGGGCCUGCUCCCGAGUAUCCCAACUAUUAUGCCGGCCCGGCGGCCGACCAUCACCCAGCGGCCCCGCCUGCCCAGUAUCCCCAUCAGCCGGGCCAGCAGUACUCCCAGCACAUGAUGGGCCACUAUUCCCCCCCGGCGCCGGGGCAUUAUCCCCAGCAGCACCCGUAUGCCGGGGGGUCGUCCUACUCCGAGCUUGGCACCGGCAUCGCGUCGCCCUUCAAUCUGCCGAUGCCCGAGAAUCCCGUGUCGUCGGGCGCCGACGCCAAGGCCACACUCCCCUCCCAGUCGUACCCGCACUCCCACCAGUCAUCGACCCCGCAGCAACCGCCGCCACAUCCUUCGCAGCCCUCAUACCCGCCGCCCCCGGCCGCGGGCACAGGCGGACACUAUGCGCUCAUGACCCCCUCUUCAUAUGAAAGCGAUUCCAGCUUCGCGCCGGCUGGCUCUUCGCCUGGGUCCUAUUUCAGCUCCGACGAAUCCCCCCGGGCCAGUGCCCCGGCUCCGUCACAAGGCUACACCACGCAGACGUACUUCCCGCCAAGUGCGGCCCCGAAUGCCAUGCACGACCCUUCGGAGGGCGCCUACUACGGUGGCUCGCCCAGUGCAGGGCACUCCUACGGGUCGCCAUCAUCGUCCGAUGUCUCCGGGCACCCGGGCUCCGGGCACAUGUCCGCCUCGCCCGGGCACAGCCCCCCAGCAGGGCACUUCUCCCCGGCCACGGGCGUGGCCUUGACCCCGCUUCUGCCAUCGGUGCCGCCGAGUCUCCCGCCGAUCCCCCUGCCGGCGCACCUGAUGGUGGGUCCGCACCGGGUGAGCAUCCCCCCCAAGGGGCCGGCGCCUGCCGCCACCGUGCCGGGCGCGGAGCCCAUCCCGGCCGCAGCCCCGUCGAGCUCGGAUGCUUGGCACCCGGUGGCCCCGGGCCCGGCCCCGGCCGGCCAGCAACACUCGCUCCCCCCUGCGGCCGGAUCGGCCGCCAGCGGCUCCCCCCCAUCCGGGUCCGACAGCCCGAGUGGCUCCAGCCCACCGACCCCCUCGCUGGGGCAGGGGGCCGGCCGGUCGUCGAGCCUCUCCCCGCCGGCGGCUGCCGGCAGCAUUUCCAGCAGCACCGCCGAGCUGGUGGCCGAUGCCGUGGUGGCUGCCAUCCGCGUGGUGUCCGGUGCCGGUGGCAUUGGCGGCCCCGGUGCCGGUGGCCCCCGGGGGGCGCUUCCCCUCCUCCAGGCCAAGAAGGCUUCGGACCGUGUGCUGUCCACCGGCGGGGGGAGCGGCUCGGCCCCGACGCCGAUUUCCUCGGCGGCGGUCAGCGAUCCGGCCACGCUGCGGCGACUGCGCAAUCGCGCCUCGGCCGAGGCAUCACGCGCGCGCAAGGCCGAGGCCACGGCCCGCGCCGCCCGCGAGAGUGCCGCCCGAGCCACGCGCAUUGCCGAGCUCCUGGCCGAUCUGGCCGCCGCCCGACAGCGCAUCCAGGAUCUGGAGGCCGAGUGUGCGAGCUUGCGGGCGGCCGCCUGUCCCGGCGGGCCCGGGUGUCGUGCCGCCGUGGGCCCGGCUCCCGGGCCGCUGCCGGGCCCGAUGGCACGCGGUGGCGCCCCUCCCCGGGCGGAGUAUGCACCGGCUGCCGAGGCGGCUGCCGCCCUGUCCGGCGCACCGUCGGCCGCCGCUCCCCCCUCGGCGGUGCCGCGCAUGGGCACGCUCCCGGAGGACUUGCACUCUACCGCCUCGGACGAUGGGUCCUCCUCGGCUUCGGGACUCUCCUCCUCCUCCUCCAUGUCUCCGGAGUCGGAUGGCUACUUCUCCGGCUGGAAGCAGGGCUUCUAUGUGGUGUCGCUCUUCGCCUUUGCAUCGCUGCUGCUUCCCUGGGCCGGGAACUUGUCCUCCGGCCCGGGGGGGGUGCCGGGCGCGCCGGCCGGCAUGCUGGCCUCGCUUCCGGCCAACACCCUGGCCAGUGGCGGCCCGGGCAGGGGCGACGUGUCGGCGGUGAUGCCCUACCGGCCUGGCCCCCUGCCGCUGGAUCCCCGGGUGAAUGCCCCGCACCGGCCCUCGGCCAAGCUGCUCCCCGGGCAUCCGGCGGAUGAUGCCGAUGCUGCAUUGGCCAACUCGGUGUAUGGCUCUCCCGGAGCCGGGAUCACCGCCUAUGACACCAUGCAGUCCUACCUGUCGGCAUUCCAGGCCAACCUGUCGGAGCCUCUGCUCUGCGACCAGGGGUGUGUCUGCUCGGCGGCCUGUGUGGAGCUCAUCCAGCAGGGCCUGCCGACCCCGCUCGGGUCCAUCGGGCCCGGGCCUUCCGGCUCCAUGGCGCUCGGGAUUCCCGAGGGCGGUCCCGGCUCGCUGGUAGGCGGGCUCACCCUUUCGGCCGCCGGCGAGCAACUGGCCACGGACCUCUUCCUCGGGGCGUCUGGCCUGGACGCGGCGAUGGCCACGCUGCCGGGCAAUGCCAGCGAUGUCGCCGGCGGCCGGAGCCUGGCACUGCCAGCGCCGCCCGGCACGCGAGCCCUCGCCCUGCCGGGGCUCGCUGCCGCCAGCACCGGGUCGCUGCCGCCCCAGCCGGCGACCGGAGGCGCCUCCUUCGGCCGGCCGCAUGCGGCCCUCUCCAUGACCGAGCUGUUUGGCUGGUUCGCCGGCCGGAACAUGUCGGCCGAAAUGGGCACCGAUGGCCAGGUGGGUGCCAAUGGUCUGUGGGCUUCCUUCACCUCUUCCCUGCCGGCCACCGGAGCGGACAACCCCCCGGCGCAUGUUCUUUCCCUGGUGAAUGGCCAGCAGCCGACCGGGAUGCCCAGCAACGAGGGGCCCACCACCACCACCCCUGCAUGCGCCAGGCCCACGAUCUAUGCCGUGGCCCCGGCCGGCGGUUUGACCUUCGUGCCGAUUCAGCCAUCGGGCACGGGCCAGGCGCCUGGCGGCUCCCAGACCACCCCGGAGGACCUCCUCAUGGCGGGGGAUUUGCAUGCCCCCUCGGUUGACGCCUUCUUCAGCACCCCCGACGGGGAGGAGCGCAUGGAUGAUGGCGAUGGUACUGCUCCCCGGGGCAGGCAGUUGGUGCCGCUCGUCCACUCGUCCGCCGGCCCCGGUGCCUCUGGCGUUUCUCCCGGCCCGCCGAUGAUGAAGUUCCUCUUCAAUGACCAUGCCGGCGUCUUCGAGUUUGAGUGUCAGCUCCACUCCAUCCGGGCCUUCCCCCACCAGAAUGCCUCAUCCACCUCCCCGGGUCUCCAUCACUUCCAUGCCCUCAACCACCAAUAAUGGGCACGCCUUUUUUUUCACCCCCAUGUACCUGCUCCCAUUGCUCCCUUUCUUGUCCUUGAGUUUCUUCCCACCAAAACCAUGUGAUGAACAUACACACAGAACCAUUUGCGCGUCUA